AUGGCGUUGGAGCCAAGGGAGGCUGAGGAUGAUUUUGUGACCUGGUGUGAGAGGCUAUUAUUGGUUCUGCUUCUGUAUCGAGCCUGUGUACUGACUUUCUUCUCUCUCCACUCUGCAGGCUUGGUGGUGCGAGAGGCCAGUAUUGAGAUCACACGGCAGCAAGUAGAGGAGCUGUUUGGACCAGAGGACUUCUGGUGUCAGUGUGUAGCCUGGAGCUCUGCAGGGACCACCAAGAGUCGCAAGGCACACGUCCUCAUCGCGUAUCUCAGGAAGACGUUUGACCAGGAGCCUCUGGGAAAGGAAGUGUCUCUAGAACAGGAAGUGCUUCUUCAGUGCCGCCCCCCAGAAGGAAUCCCUGCUGCUGAGGUGGAGUGGCUGAAGAAUGAGGAGAUCAUAGACCCUGCUGAUGACCGUAACUUCUACAUCACCAUCGACCAUAACCUGAUCAUCAAACAGGCCAGACUGUCUGACACAGCUAACUACACAUGUGUCGCCAAGAACAUCGUCGCUAAGAGACGGAGCACCACGGCAACCGUCAUUGUCUAUGUGAAUGGUGGCUGGUCAACGUGGACAGAGUGGACGGUGUGUAACAGUCGCUGUGGCCGUGGCUACCAGAAGCGUACGCGGAGCUGCACCAACCCAGCACCGCUCAACGGCGGCGCCAUCUGUGACGGGCAAGGCAUUCAGAAGCUGGCAUGUAACCCACUGUGCCCAGUGGAUGGUCUGUGGACAGAGUGGAGUAAAUGGUCCACGUGUGGGACAGAGUGUACCCAUUGGAGGAGGAGGGAGUGCAGCGCCCCGGCGCCCAAAAACGGUGGGAAGGACUGUGAGGGCAUGGUGCUUCAGUCCAAGAACUGCACCGAUGGCCUGUGUAUGCAGAGUUCCUUAUAUCAGAAGUCCUCUGAAUUCAACAAAGACAAGAUUGAUUUGGGAUAUCCAUCUGCCCCCAGUACAGAUGAUGUGGCACUGUACGUAGGCGUCGUCAUCGCUGUGAUCAUGUGUCUGGUCAUCUCCGUCAUUGUGGCGCUGUUCGUCUACAGGAAGCACCAUCGCGACUUUGACUCUGAUAUCAUAGACACAUCGGCCCUCAACGGGGGUUUCCAGCCCGUCAACAUCAAGACGGCUCGAACAGCUGACCUUCUGACAACACCCCCUGACCUGACCUCUGCUGCGGCCAUGUACCGCGGUCCGGUCUACGCCCUCCAUGACGUCGCAGACAAGAUUCCCAUGACCAACUCCCCCCUCUUGGACCCCCUGCCCAACCUGAAGAUCAAGGUGUACAACUCCUCUGGUCUGGUAACCCCUUCAGAGGACCUGUCUGAAUUCUCCUCCAAGCUGUCCCCUAAGCUGCCCCACUGCCUGCUGGAUGGGGACACCAUGGGGAGGAGGACCCAGACCCAGACCCUGCUCCGUACCGGCACCAGGGACCCCUCCUGUACCGCUCUGGGCUCCUUCAACUCCAUGGGUGGACACCUCAUUGUCCCCAACUCAGGGGUGAGUCUCCUAGUUCCAGCGGGGGCUGUCCCACAGGGUAGAGUGUAUGAGAUGUACGUGACCGUUCACAGGAAGGACAGCAUGAGACCCCCAGUCGAUGACUGCCAGACAGUGCUGAGUUCAGUGGUGAGCUGUGGCCCCCCAGGGGCCCUCCUGACUCGCCCAGUCAUCAUCACCAUGCACCACUGUGCUGAGGCCAAUAGUGAUUCAGCCGAGGAUUGGCUGAUCCAGCUCAAGAGCCAAUCACAGCAGGCCCAGUGGGAGGAGGUGGUGGUAGGAGAGGAGAACUUCACCACUCCCUGUUACAUCCAGAUGGAUGAGGAGGCAUGUCACAUCCUGACAGAGACCCUAGGGACAUACUGCCUGGUGGGCCAGUCCUGCAGCGUGGCCACCACCAAGAGACUCAAACUGGCCAUCUUCGGCCCCGUCACCUGCCCUGCCCUUGAGUACCACAUUAGAGUUUACUGCCUGGAUGACACACAGGACUCAUUCAAAGAGGUUCUGCAGAUGGAGAAACAGAUGGGAGGGAAACUCCUGGAUGAACCAAAGACACUCAACUUCAAGGACAGCACCCACAACCUGCGACUGUCCAUCCACGAUGUCCCACACACACUGUGGAAAAGCAAGCUACUAGCCAAGUACCAGGAGUUGUCAUUCCAGCAGGUGUGGUCUGGGUCCCAGAGGAACCUCCACUGUACUUUCACCCUGGAGAGGUUCUGUCCCAGCACCGUAGACCUGGCCUGUAAGCUGUGUGUUCGACAGGUGGAGGGGGAGGGACAGAUCUUCCAGCUCAACACCACCCUCUCAGAGGACACCAGAGUAAUCGACACGUCUCUGCUGGACCCGGCCAGUAACAAAACCCUGGUGGGGCCCAAUGCCUUCCGCAUUCUCUCCAUCAGACAGAAGCUCUGUGGCAGCCUGGAGCCCACAGAACGAGGGAACGACUGGAGGAUGCUGGCACAACUCAACCUGGACCGGUAUUUGAAUUACUUUGCCACUAAAUCCAGUCCUACGGGGGUGAUUCUGGACCUUUGGGAGGCCCAACUCCCUGACGGGAACCUCGGCCGCCUGGCUGCCGUGCUGGAGGAGAUGGGUCGCCAUGAAGACCUCGUGCUCAUGGCAACAGACCACUGACACCUGUCCUUCAAGAACAGGAAGUUCCAGGGAGGAGUAAGAGAUGAGUCACAGAGAAAGAAGAGAGAGAGGAACACAGGACAGGCAGAAUAGGACAGGCAGAAAUACAGGACAGGCAGAGCAAGACCUUCUUCCACAGAGAACACACAUCCAUAGAGACACACACUACAAACAUACAGUGAACAAAAAUAUAAACGCAA